AUGUCCGCCCCUGCUACGACGGUAGAGGAUUAUCAAAAAACUUUCCUGGAAUUGGGGUUAGAAUGCAACGCCCUAAGAUUCGGGUCAUUUAAGCGGAAGUCAGGUAGGCAAUCACCGUAUUUUUUCGAUCUAGCUUUGUUCAACUCCGGGAAGUUACUUGCAAACUUGGCCACUGCCUAUGCUAUAGCUAUCAUUCAAUCGGAGCUAAAAUUCGAUGUUAUAUUUGGACCUGCAUACAAAGGUAUCCCUUUAGCUGCCAUCGUAUGUGUUAAGCUGGCAGAAAUUGGGGGCACCAAGUUUCAAGAUAUUCAAUAUGCUUUCAACAGACAAGAAGUUAAAGAGCAUGGUGAAGGCGGUAUAAUUGUGGGAGCAUCCCUUGAAGACAAGAGAGUUUUGAUUAUCGAUGAUGGCAUGACUGCAGGAACUGCAGUCGAUAAAGCACUUGAAAUAAUCAGUAUUGCUCAAGGUAGGGUAGUUAGCUGUAUCAUUGCCCUAGAUAGACAGGAAGUAGUGAAUGAAUCGGAUCCAGAAAGAUUGAGUGCUACUCAAUCUGUCUCAAAGAGAUACAACAUUCCCGUACUGAGUAUUGUGUCGCUGACUCACGUAGUGCAAUUCAUGAGGGGAAAAUUAUCUCCUCAGCAAAAAUCGGCCAUUGAUGACUAUCGUAAAGUUUACGGCGUGUAA